ACUCAACUCACAUAUCUCCAUCUUCUUGUUGCUCCUCUUCUUCUUCUUCUUCUCCAGCUCGUUCAUUUCUUUUCUUUUCUCCUUUGCUUUCUUUGAGAGGGAGAGAGAGACCCAAAGACCUCCACGAGAGGGAGAGAAGGCGAGAUUUUUAGAGAAACAGAGGGUGGAGAGAGAGACGGAGCUGUGAGAGAAAUUGCAGAAACAUUUCUGAUUUUUGAUUGCUGGAUCCUUGAUAGCCUGUUUGUUCUAUUCUCACCUCUUCAUCAAUGGCUCGCGAUUUGUGCCCUUCUGUAAAAAACAUUCUUCUUCUAGAUUCCGAAGGGAAGCGUGUCGCAGUCAAGUAUUACUCAGAUGAUUGGCCUACAAAUAGUUCAAAAUUAGCUUUUGAGAAAUCUGUGUUUACUAAGACUCUGAAGUCCAAUGCUCGGGUAGAAGCGGAGAUAUCUAUGUUUGAGAACAACAUUGUUAUCUACAAGUUUGUCCAGGACCUUCACUUCUUUGUGACCGGAGGUGAAGAAGAAAAUGAACUCAUCUUAGCCACAGUUCUUCAAGGAUUCUUUGAUGCAGUUGCCCUUCUCUUGAGGAGCAAUGUUGACAAAAGGGAGGCACUUGAGAACUUGGAUCUCAUUCUUUUAUGCCUUGAUGAGAUUGUUGAUGGAGGGAUUAUACUUGAAACAGAUGCCAGCAUUAUUGCAGGAAAAGUGGCUACUCAUAGCAUGGAUGCUGACGCACCAUUGUCUGAGCAAACUAUUACUCAAGCAUGGGCUACAGCACGUGAACAUUUGACAAGAACCCUUCUUAGUUGAUUAAUGCCUGCACGCAGAGAAAAUGAGUUAGAUUAUUUUGGUUAACAUUUUUUCGUCUGCAGCUUAGAAAUUCACUUCUUUUCUCUGUUUAGCUAAUGGAGAUGAGCAUCAUGCGUUGGGCUUCUUAUGGACUUUUUUUUUUUUGUUUUUCCUCUAGUCAAUCUUUUCUUUAUAUCUUAAAUAACUAGUUAUGUUAUGUAUUUUGUUAUUUGCCUGUGUGGUGUGGCACGAUGUAAUAAAUAAUGAUUAAUUUAA